CACUGAUCAAGAGUGAUGCAGUUGUCUUAGCGCCAUUUGACUGACGUCUAAUAGAGCUCGUAUCUUUUUUCGAUACUGGUUUGCCACCGAAGCUCAAGGAUCUGCUAAUUUUCGAAGAUUUCAACCCAGCGUUUGCCUAUGGCACUGGCCGGCCAUAUCCACCCGAGCAUCUUCGUCUCAUGGCAGAUCCUGGAGUCGCCGCAGCACUCGCACGCGGAAGCGUUGGAUUUACACGACUUCAUAUCUCAUAUAUGAUCGAUGCCCGGGACUUCUUCAUGGCCUACCGCAAAGGCUGGGAAUGGCAGCACUUAGCCUCACUUCCGCCUUGCUCACUCCCUAUUCAAGCAAUGAUAAGAUCAGUGCGCUUCUAUGUACAGCUAGCGAGGUUGCCCUUGGUAUGCCGAAGCUGCAGUCAUUUGCAUUAUAAAAUGGACAAAAGGGUAUCGCAGCAGGCUUCUUCUAUCGCAAGAGAGACACGUCUAUGAUAUGGCAGAGCGCUUGGAAAAUGCACAUCCAGCCUUGUGUUAUAGAGGCCUGGGAACUAGCUCUUAAGGACACUCUCAUUCCCCGAGAGGAGUUUUUGGAACCUAAAUUGAUCAGGUCUCAUGGCGAUGCCAUCGCACAACUUGAUCUGCCGGAUGGUAUCGUUGACCCAAUAUCUCUUGAGCAGAUACGCGAUGAGAAUCAAUAGGUAGCAGCAGCCAGCACGGCUUAUCACGAGACAGAGAGUAUGCAUUCCAUAAGAAAGAGUAUUUGAGAAAAG